UUUUUCGAUCAUGAACCUUUUUAUUUCGCAUGAACAGUUGUUUACAUUAUAAUUAUUUGAACUAUACUUGGAAAUAAUAUAAGAACCUUGUUUAUACUUGCUUAAUAAAUCACUAAAAAACUACCAGUUAUUGACAGGUUUUUAGAUAAAAAAAAAUAGCCGCGCGAUUGUUACGAUGAUACGACAGAAACCAACAAAGUACAAAAAUAGAUUGGUUGGCAUGAACUAGAGGAGAUUAGAAAUUUAAAAAAUGUGAGGAACUCAUACAAUGCAGCAACGGAACAGCUCUUGUUUUUUAUACUCAUAUAACAAUAAAGACUUUCCUUAGCUACGAAGUAAAUUAGUCUAGUCUGAUAUACUUUAUACCUAAAAUACAACAUUUACUCAAUGAGCGCAAAAAUAUAUGUUUUAUCGCUUUUUUAAACAAGCAGAGAGAACGAAUGUUUACACCAAAACGCUACACACUGGAGUGGCCUUAAAGAUAAAGCAUGACAGCGUGCAAAAUAUGACUUAUGCACAUUUUUUAUGAGAAGCCUUAUCAGCUCCAUGUACUAAGUUGCCUCUACCAUACAUACGUACAUAUGUAUGUAUAUGUAGAAAUGUGUUUAGUAAAUAAAGGCCGACUUUUGUAUCGAUGGUAUCGAUAAAAUAGAUAUAAUCGCGUUUGUACCGUAAUGCCGAUGUUUGAAUGUUUAUAACCAAGUUAUGGUUUGUAUGUGCAAAUAUUAUUGAUAAGAAAAUGGUAAAACUAUUGAGACUAAAUUUUUUAACAUUUUUACCAAAAUAAAUAGUACCAAUUAAGUAGUGAUUGAAAUUGGAAGCAGAUUUCUGUGAGUAAGCACCAAAUAAUGAUAACAAUAAGCGGAAAAAUAUUUGAACUAGCAAAAUAAUAUCUUCAAUAAAAAUACAGUAUUCGUUUGGAACAAAUGUUUGAUUCGGCGCAAAAAUGGCGCACGAACUUUUGCCAUCCGCUCGCCAAAGAGUUUCAAUUGAAAAAGUUCAGCUUGAAGCAUCAACCAAUCGAUGAUUUUGCCAAAUCACAAUGGCAGAAGGGUAGCCGCUCGUUGUGUUGGCUAAUCUAUCGCUGGCUCUUAGCAGCCUUUUUCACUGCCGUCGUAUGCGACACAAUGAUCAAUCUUUUCUAUGCCGGCAAAUGGUUUAUUUACCUGACCGCAUGGGGUUUCUUUCUCUGUAUGCUCACAAGUCUGUAUGGCGCUAUUAUAGUUAGCAUAUAUUAUUGGCGACCACAUGAUUUCGCUGCCCACCCGAUUGUGUUCAAAAUUUAUUGGGUUUCAUAUUGGACCACUUUGGUAUUGGCGACCGUCAUUACACUUGUCUACUGGAGCCUUCUUUAUCCAUAUGACAAGAGCGGAAUUUCGUUGACUUACAAUUUACUAGGACAUGCCAGCAAUUCCAUUCUGAUGGUGUUAGAUCAUAUGUUGGUUGCAUUUCCCACACGCAUACUCCACUUCGUGUAUCCCAUUGGAUUGGGCGUGAUUUAUGCCAUAUUUUCACUUAUCUAUUAUUUUGCCGGAGGCGUAGACACACACGGCGACCAUUAUAUAUAUACGAUUUUAGAUUGGGCCGAACCAGAGACGGCGGUAAUAACUAUUAUUAUUUGCUUUGCAUUACUUUCAAUUAUGUCAUUUCUACUCUUUGGGUUGUACAAACUGCGUUGCUUCAUUUACCGAAAGAUCAAUAAGUCCGUUUUAGUGCUUCAAGUUUGAUUUUAUAUUAAGUAUGAGCGUAUUGUAUACAUAAAAUAUUAGGUUGUCAAAUA